CCUCUAGGGUCAAAGGCCUCUUCAAUGCAGAGUAAGGCCGCUGCUGCCUGAAAGGUGAGCCAUUACGAAGCUUCCCGUGUAGACAGCUUCUUGUUCUCGAAGUGCUGGGCACGGUACUGGUCCCAAAUUGGCCAAGGUCGUCAUGUGAGUAGAGUGCGGCAGGUGCAGAUCGUAGCUUUUCUCUCGCCACCGCAGCUUCUGCUGCUGCUCUACUGGCUCUGGAUCUAGGUCUAGGAGGAGCCCGGCCACACACGGGAGUAUGAUGGACAGUGUUGCUGUGCUGGAUCAGCAGUGCGGACCUGGGAGAGUUUGGAGCACUUCCGGACCUCAUGCUCAGAGCUCGGGCAUCAAGCUUCGGCCGAGGACGAUGACUCGUGAGAUCUCCACUCUUGAGCAGGGCUUCAUAACAUGCCGAGUGGAGGUGCCCGUGCAAAGAUGCAGGUGCACUGGCCAAUUGGUCCCUCAGAACGUUCAGUUUUCGGGAGAUUCGGCGGGGGCUCGUUGGCAAAACUUGCUCCUCCGAUACCGCCAGAGCCCUCAAUGCAUGACCACGAUGCGGAUCGAUGUUUCUCUGAGUCUUCUGUUCCAGUCCGCCUGUCUCGUCGUGAGGACGAGACCAUGCCUCUCUCAUAGCUCUCAGACUGCUGGGAUUGGCUCGGAAAUCGGCCGCAUUCUUCAAGAGCGAGUCGAAUCGGUUACUCGUGUGCAGGUCGAUGGAGGGACGAUCCAUGACAUACCGCCCGUGUUCAAUACCCAAAGAACAAGUCGCAGUUGACAGUGGACGUUUCAUCGCAACCAGUCUUGGCCCCAUCCUCCGUAGCUUUUUACAUACUUCAAUGCAGGCAGGUCAUCGAUUCUUCGAUCCUGAUCAAGAUUAGCCGAGUGAUUGUCCAGCCUUCGCUGAGGUCCAACUGCAGUCUAGUGCCCGCGGGCACCAGCUGCCCUACCACAGUCGCUCGAUUCCAACCACUACUCUUACUACUACUACUCUCUCCGACCAAGAUAUUGUGCCCAUCGAGAAGUACAUGCAUCAACCUCCCGAAUUGCGAAGUGUUCGGUGUUGAGAGGACGAACAGAAGUCUUUGACUCUUUCAAAAUUCGACCCAUCCCUCCGUGGACGAGUUUUUAAACAGCGUUGUGGAGGCAGCGAGCCUCCAGCUAUCACGGGUGCAUGCACGCCUCGAAGGCUCAUUGCGCGCUGCCGAACGCUGUUUGGUGUUCGGAGGCAAAGGGAUCGAGUUGUCAUGAUGUUCUGCUCUCGACAAUCUUUGCCUGCCCUCCCUCCCGCCCGCCAGCCUGCGGGCCGCACCCUCUAUCUCUCAAGUGUUUUUAGAAUCUUUCCUAGCUCCACGUCUCUUUGCAGACCUGGCAAUGUGAUCUGCUAUUCUCAGCCCAAACCCAAAAUCUUAGUUCAUAGUGAGGUCAAUCCUCCCACUCCUCCUCCUCCUUCUGAUCAGGUGAGAUUUGCAUAAUGCGAGGAUUAUGACGCUUAUUCUAAAUGCAGGCAGGCAGGCAGGAAGGCGAGCACGACCACGGGCAAUGAGCUGAAGCUCUGACGCAUAUGAAUUCCAAUGCGACGAGCGCCUUAACUUCCAACUUAAAGGGCCGCCCAUUGAGGCAAAAUCCAUAACAAGCCACGAUUGGACAGACAGGCGCGGAGGCGCUCUCUAGUGAUUUGUGUAAAAGCCACAAAAUUAAAGCUACCAGGUUUUGAGGGACAUUCGCUCAGAAUCUCAGCGUGAGCUCCCAUGAUGGACCUCACCUCAGCCCAAGAACGAUCGGCCAGUAGAUCACCCGAGUAAAUAAUCCACCAAUCAAACAAUCAAUCAAUCAAUCCAUCAAUCAAUCCACUCGUUCUGCUUCGGGCUUUAAACUCCUCUCGGACAUGGCACUUGGCACCAGAGAGAUGUAAGAGGCGAGCCAGGCCCAUCGAGCCGUGGAUCUCUCUCUCUGAGCCUGCCUGCCUAUUUAUUACGGCAGUCCUUAUUCCAUAGCCCCUCCGCAUGCAUGCAUGACUGCAUGCCAAUCUGAACUUCUCCAUCGGCCGCUCGAUCCAUCCAUGGCCCGUCGAGGCUCAGAUCCCAGACAUGAUAAGGAUAUACUUCAGCGGGUGUCCCAUCUGUGUUUCGGAGAUGCUCCGAGUCUUGCGAGCACAUGUCCCGCUGUCAGACAGUCCGUCCAUCUGCUAAAGGUGAAUCGAGGUCACUCCCAUUCACUCAUUCCGGCUCCCCGUCUGUGGCUUUAAGUUCCUUGGACGGACCCGCAAAGCCAAUCAUGUUCAUGCCUCGAUCGAAACCCAUCCACAUGUUGUUUAUAGCCCACCCAUCGCGGGCGGGCGGGCAGGACAGGGCAGGGCAGGGCAGGGCAGGCAAUCGGACAAAAUCAAGAAGGACUAAGGAUAGCUGAAAGAAAGAAAGAAAGAAAAGAAGAAAGAAACACAGACAGGAAGGAAGGAAGGAAGGAAGAAAGAAUGCUCAGGCUACUCACGGCGACCUAGGAUACUGUAGAAUGACGCUGUCAUGGCGAAUGUGUAGUUAGACCUGAACGGAUCUGAGCUCUCUCUGACGUCUACAGUAUUGGAGGAUGAAGUCUACGCCUUAGAAGGGAAUGCAUUGACAGUACAUAUCUACUUUGUCUGUAGUGGAGAAGCAAAUCGACGACCGAGACUUGAAUCCGGGUAGCAAGUCGGAGGUUUGACGAAAUUAGUCCCGUAUCUUAGAUUUGAUGUGAGAAGUCAAGCGGAGACUAAAUGGAUUAUAAAAGGGUGAAUUUC